AUGACCACCUGUACAUGCUACCCAGAUGUCCGGACCGGGCAACCCAAACUUCAACCUCUGCGAUCACCACUUCUCGACUUCCACCACCUCAUCGAUUCAAACCACAUCUUAUCAAUCACUCACCUCAUGAUGAUUGUCCUCGAGUACCAGCACGAUUGUGACAUCCCUGACACGCCUGAGGUCCGAGUCAAGAGAGUCGAAAGAGGUUCGCAAACCGAAGGACCUGAUGAGGCCUCCCCACCCCGAUCACCACCACCAUCUCAAUCUCAAUCAAUACCGCCACCUCAAACCCCAUCUCAACUUCCAUCAACAUCGUCACAAUCAUCAGGAUUGUCAAACUUCAUUCCAAAGUGGCAAAACUUGAUCACGGUCAAAACACAACCCUACGAGCAAUCUCCAUCUGUUUCCGAUCGAAUUGUAAAGACUUUGGAAAAACUUGACCUCGAGGGUUUCAAAUGGAGCAAGGAAUCAAUGCUCAAGGUAUUAAAGGAUCUUGGCGAAGCUGAAGUGCUCACUAGAGACCUUCAAGAGUGUGACAUAUUUGAUGAUGAUGUUGAAUAG